AGAGAAAAAAGAAAACACAAAGUGAGACCUAAAGCUUUGUUCAAUGAAGAAACAAGGAAGUGAGAUUGAGGCAGUCGGGAUUAGCUACAACAUUAAAAUUCAUCAAACCAGAGAUCUUGGCUGCCCUUUUAAGAUUUUCAGCACCAAAAACCAUCCGGAACCAGAUCAAAAGGUUCCAAAACUCGAAGAAGAUGAACCAUGCAGUCCCGGCGUCCGGCGAGUCCUGAAGAACGUGAACUGCUGCGCGAAACCCUGGGAAAUCCUCGCCAUUGUCGGUCCGAGCGGAGCAGGAAAAUCAUCCCUUCUUGAAAUCCUAGCCGGAAAGGUGACGCCACAAAAUGGUUCAGUUUUCGUCAACCACAAGCCGGUGGACAAAGCCAGCUUCAAGAAAGUUUCCGGGUACGUAACACAAAAGGACACUCUCUUUCCUCUUCUUACAGUUGAAGAAACCCUAAUGUUCAGCGCCAAGCUGAGACUGAGGAUCCCUCAGCCCCAGCUCCGCUCCCGAGUCGAGGCACUGAUCGGGGAGCUCGGCCUCACUCAAGUAGCCGGAGCCAGAGUCGGCGACGACAGAUUACGUGGGAUAUCCGGCGGAGAAAGGCGUCGUGUUUCGAUCGGAGUGGACGUGAUUCAUGACCCGGAGGUCUUGAUUCUUGAUGAACCUACUUCCGGGCUGGACAGCACUUCAGCUCUUCAGAUCAUUGACAUGCUCAAAACCAUGGCGGAAAUCCGAGGCAGAACCAUCAUCCUCAGCAUUCAUCAACCCGGUUUCAGAAUCGUGAAGCUCUUUAACUCUAUUCUGUUACUGGCGAACGGCUCUGUCCUCCAUCACGGAACAGUAGACCACCUCGCUCUUAACCUCAAGCUCAUGGGACUCGAGCUUCCUCUCCAUGUCAACAUCGUCGAGUUCGCAAUCGACUCCAUCGAAGUCAUUCACGAGCAAGAGAGUCUACAGUGCGAGCUCAUCGAUAAUGACUGUAUCAAGAGGAGUAAGAGCACUCUUCAACAGCUGUUUCAACAGUCCAAGGUCAUUGAUCAAGAAGAAACCGUCACCAAAUCGCUCCAUUCUCCACUCGAUUUCGCCAACUCGAGACUUCGAGAGACGAUCAUCCUCACGCACAGGUUUUCUAAGAACAUAUUCCGAACCAGGGAGCUGUUUGCUUGCCGGACAAUUCAAAUGCUGGUCUCCGGAUUAGUCCUCGGUUCGAUUUUCUACGAUCUCAAGGGUGAUUUGACCGGCGCAGAAGAAAGGGUAGGUUUAUUUGCCUUCACUUUAACUUUCUUACUCUCCUGCACUACAGAGGCUUUACCAAUAUUUCUUCAAGAAAGAGAGAUUCUGAUGAAGGAAACUUCUUGUGGAAGUUACCGAGUCUCAUCCUACGCCAUUGCCAAUGGUUUAGUCUACUUGCCCUUUCUCCUAAUCCUAGCCAUUCUCUUCACAACGCCAUUGUACUGGCUCGUUGGACUCAACCCGACUUUCAUGGCCUUUUGCCACUUCCUGCUUCUAAUAUGGGUGAUUCUCUACACCGCAAAUUCUGUGGUGGUGUGUAUCAGUGCUUUGGUGCCUAAUUUCAUAAUCGGAAACUCGGUCAUCGCCGGAGUUAUGGGAUCGUUCUUUUUGUUUUCGGGCUACUUCAUUUCGAAGAAAAAUAUUCCGAGUUACUGGAUCUUCAUGCAUUACAUUUCACUGUUCAAGUAUCCGUUCGAGGGGUUUUUGAUAAACGAGUUUUCGAAAUCGGACAAGUGCUUGGAGUACUUCUUUGGGAAGUGCAUGGUGACCGGAGAAGACGUUCUGAGAGAUGAAGGGUAUGGAGAGGAGAGCCGGUGGAGGAAUGUGGCGGUGAUGGUGGGCUUUGUGCUUGUUUACAGGUUCAUUUCUUAUGUCAUUCUUAGGUGUAGAUGCUCCCAGAGGAGGUUCAGUUUCAUAACUGCUCGAUCUUCUUUGGUUUAAAUCCAUAUUUUCCAUUCAUUUCAAACCAAACAAUGUAUGUAUUAUAUGAUGAAUCUCCUCUCUCUCUCUC